GGAACCGGAACCGGAACAGGAACAGGAACUGGUAGUGGAACUGGAGCUGGAGCUGGAAACGGGGGAGGGAGUGGAAGUGAAAGUGGAGACGGCAGUCCCGAGGGAAGUAGGCGAUGCAGCAACCACCACGUCUGCAUCGUCACCGGCAGCCUUCCAAAGCUCCCCUUCGUCAUCUCUGGGAGGUACACCACCCAUCAUUAACAAUAGUACCGUCAAUCAGCUCAAUUCUAACGGCGGAGGGCCGCCCAUGAACGUCCAAGGCACUCCGGUAGUCCAGUCUUCAUCUUUGACGGGCAAUUCCAAAAUGUCCCAGUCCACAGGUGCGCCCGCCGCCGGUCUCCAAGGUUCGAGUACAUCCAGUGGUGUUGGAAGUUCCCCGAGUGACGCUGCUCCCACUCUUGCCACCGGAGCUGCGACUUCUUCGCACCAGCUGUCCUCAGGCGCAAUUGCAGGAAUCAUUGUCGUAUGCUUUCUAUUCCUGAUCGGUUUCAUCGUGCUCUUCGUGCGGCGUCGCUCCAUGGCUCGCCGUCUUCAGCGCCGCAAAAAAUGGUGGUUUGGUGAAAAUACGACAUCAGAUAGUUUCUCUAUCGUAGGAGGCAGCGUGGGAGACUCUCAAAAUAGGGGGUCACCUACCCUGAACAGGGCGAGUGCUCGCAGCAGCUUUGCUACCAACUUUGAUCAAGGACUCAUGUUCCGCAUUGAUUCCCCGACGUCACUACCCAACCUUGAUCUCGCCGCAUUCGGGACCAUUCUCGAGUUCCCUCCCAUGGCGGAAGUGCGCGAGCGUACCUCGCUCUUGUUCCCUUCUGCUAGUGCUGUUGCUCGUAGGGAGUCCAUGAGUAGCAUGAUGAGUAACGGCAGCGACCCCGAUACUCAAUACCUCAUUGUAGGAAAUGAUCUCAAUCCUCCCGGACCAUCUAGUCCCAUGUGCGUCCGUCCGUUUUCUCCGUCAGAAUCUUUCGCGUUCCCCAAGCCACCCCUAUGCCCCAAUGAGGGGCAGUGUCCUUCGUCCGUUUCUGUUAUUAGUGGCCGCGGCCUCGUUUCCCCUUUGUCAUCCGUUGCAACUCUCGUCCAGAUUCACUCUCCUCCCCCCAUAUUCAAUCCUGAUUUACUGCCCCCCGCUCCCGCUGCCUCCUACCUGCCACCCAGCGCUUCCUUGACAGCGAUUCCUGGCACAUCUUCCGACCCAUUUGCCGACCCUGCGCAUCCCGAAUUCGAGACCAUCCGUCGCCCAUUCGCCCCUUCCCUAGACGAUGAAGUCUCUGUCGCCCCAGGUGAUCAGGUCCUCGUUGUGAAAGUCUUCGACGACGGCUGGGCGCUCGUCGAGAAGCAGUGCGGAUUCUUGAAUCAUAACGAGAAGGGUCUCAUUCCCGUGGACUGCUUACGCGAAGCCGGCCAGGCCCUCCCAGCAUUCCUAGCUCAAAAGCGGCUUCCAUGCGCCUUGAAUGACAAACACUUAAUUGUGAUACCAACAUUAUUAGAGAUUUAUGAUAUUCAUCAUUGAUCGCAUGUCAAUCUCCAGUUUCUUGCAUUGUUAGAAGGAUCCAUACAUUCUAUCUCGGUCAUCUGAUUCCUCAUCCUGUUCUCCUCCGCUCCUGCACGGUUCAUAAAAUCGUCGGCUAUACCACUUCUUUCAUUGUUUUAUUUUUGUAUAUGUUGCUUGUUUAACUUGGCCCUUCUGUACUUCACUGACCGCCCUAUCUGGAGACAUUUAUGUUGCACUACAUCGCACAUGCCGAACCCUCCAUACCUUAGAUACCUUAUUGUUACUACUCUCUGUCAACCUGGAUUUUACUGUCGGAUUCUUGAUUUACACGCCUCUGCAGUGCUUCAACAGCUUUAAGAGUUCGAAUAUUUAAACAUUCUGAUAUCCGGAUGUAAUUUAUUGUGCGUGAUCAAUGACCACUAAACGUAACAGUACAACCUUGUAAU